AUGCAGCAGAACGCAAGAAAUAAUAGUAACAGCCCAGGUGCGGGGGCUGGGAAUACCGUUUCGAACUUAUCCAGUGCUCUACGUCAAGUCCAUAUUGGUAACAGUAAUACCACAACUGAUCAAAGCAAUAUUGCAAUAGAUUUAAACAGCAGAUCAACGCAGCAACAGUUAAUGGAUGACCUGAAUAGAAGCUCUUCAAAUGCCCAAGAUGCCGCUCAGGUGCAGUCACAGCAACAGGGAGGGCAUCAUGAACAGGACCAGGCCAAUAAUGGGGUCCCGCAACAGUACGGAGGACCUAGCGUGAUUGACGUUUCUAGAAUAACAAAAUUUUUCCAGAACCAACCUAUGGAAGGUUAUACGUUAUUUUCUCACCGGUCAGCUCCAAAUGGUUUCAAAGUUGCCAUCGUUUUGAGCGAGUUGAACCUGAAUUAUGAUACUAUAUUUCUAGAUUUCAAUUUAGGCGAGCAUAGGGCUCCUGAGUUUGUUGCCAUCAACCCUAAUGCUCGUGUCCCCGCUUUAAUUGAUCAUAACUUAGAUAACCUAUCUAUUUGGGAAUCUGGUGCUAUUAUUUUACACCUUGUGAACAAAUACUACAGGGAUACAGGAAAUCCACUACUAUGGUCCGAUAAUCUUGCGGAGCAAGCGCAUAUUAAUUCUUGGAUGUUUUUUCAAACUUCAGGACAUGCACCAAUGAUCGGCCAAGCGCUGCAUUUCAGGUACUUUCAUUCACAAAAGGUUCCAAGCGCUGUAGAACGCUACACAGAUGAAGUAAGGAGAGUUUACGGCGUUGUGGAAAUGGCGCUUGCUGAAAAAAGGGAAGCGCUAAUAAUGGACCUCGACUCAGAAAAUGCCGCUGCAUAUUCUGCAGGUACUACACCUUUGAACCAAAGUCGAUUUUUUGACUAUCCAGUAUGGUUGGUAGGUGAUAACAUCAGUGUUGCAGAUCUAUCGUUUGUACCUUGGAAUAAUGUUGUUGAUCGCAUUGGAAUAAACAUUAAGGUAGAAUUUCCAGAAGUUUAUAAAUGGACGAAGCAUAUGAUGAGAAGAACGGCAGUAAUCAAAGCAUUGCGCGGGGAAUAG